GACGGCGCGGCUCGCCUUUUCCUACGCACCGUCCAAGACAGACGCUGACGUGGAUAUCAUCUUGUCCAUUCCCAUGUUUCUCCGUCUGUACCUCAUUGCUCGCGUCAUGCUGCUGCAUAGCAAACUCUUCACCGAUGCGUCGUCGCGCAGUAUCGGUGCCCUCAACAAGAUAAACUUCAACACACGCUUUGUCAUGAAGACCCUCAUGACUAUCUGUCCCGGGACAGUGCUGCUGGUGUUCACCAUUUCUCUGUGGAUCAUCGCCGCCUGGACUGUGAGGGCGUGCGAAAGAUACCAUGACAACAUGGAUGUAACCAGCAAUUUCCUUGGAGCCAUGUGGUUGAUCUCAAUAACUUUUCUAACCAUUGGAUAUGGGGAUAUGGUCCCUAAUACAUACUGUGGGAAAGGAGUCUGUCUCCUCACCGGCAUUAUGGGAGCCGGAUGCACUGCUUUGGUGGUCGCUGUGGUCGCAAAAAAACUGGAAUUAACCAAAGCUGAAAAACAUGUACAUAACUUUAUGAUGGACACCCAGCUGACAAAAAGGGUGAAAAACACAGCUGCUAAUGUUCUCAGGGAGACGUGGCUCAUUUAUAAAAACACCAAGCUGGUGAGGAAGAUGGACCACUCUAAAGUCAGGAAACAUCAGCGCAAGUUCCUUCAAGCCAUUCACCAGGUUAAUUCAGCCCUCAGUAAAGCACAAGUGAGGACACUUGCUUUUGAUAUUUAUGGGCCAUCUAAAAGAGGACGUAAGUGCCCUGUAAAUGUCACUCUCUUCCAGUGACUGAUUAUUUGGGAAACCCAAAAGGCAAAAUGGUUAUAAACCCACCUCAUUUCAGCUGA